AUGCAUCUUCAACCUUGGCACACUUUCCUGUCUCGUUGUUGGCAUGUGUCAGCGUGUGCUGCGGCGUCCUCGUCCUCGUCCUCCAGACCGGCACGACCUCAACGCGACGUUUUUCUUCGAGCUCCCGCGGCAGACAAGAUCUUCCAGCUAGCAAUGAUGGUCCUCAGGUUGAAGACCUACUGGUUCUUGUUGUGGACACUCAUGGUCUCAGUAGCGUCUCUCACGACCACGGGGACGGCAGAACACGUUCUUCACCAGGAAGUUUCCACACCACCCGGAGGAGUCUCUGCAGACCACAAACCUGAUGGGACUACACUCAGAACGGGGACUUUUAAAGACUCUCCAGAAGCAGCUGGCAGAACAUCAAACGAGGGGACUAUCUCCGGGACACAACCUACAGACGGUCAUCAGUCGUCUAGACCUUCUCUGGCAACGUCACCCAUCAUGGAGUUGGAAAGGAAUUCUACUCCAGUCUUGAUCCGAAACCACAGUCCUGAUCGGAUGUCCACGCCGCAGACUCCUGAACCGUUGACCACAUCAGACUCAACCCAAAACCUCAGCAGUCCUCCAGUUACUCAGACAACAGCCACAAGAAGUCUGAUCUCCACACCAGAGUCUCCUGAACCAUUGUUGUCCAACUCCGUCUCAGGCUUUGGGACAACUGGAGGAACAUCGACUGAUCUGAUGUCCACACCACAGCAUCCUGAACCGUUGACCACCUCAGGCUCAUCCCAAACCCUCAGCAGUCCUACAGCCACAAAAGGCUGGAUCUCCACACCAGAGUCUACCCAUCCGUCACUGUCCAACUCCCUCACCUCAGAGUCAUCCCAAAACAUCAGCAGUCCUUCAGUUUCUGAGACUACAGCCACAAAAGGCUGGAUCUCCACACCAGAGUCUACCCAUUCGUCACUGUCCAACUCUCUCACAUCAGAGUCAUCCCAAAACAUCAGCAGUCCUUCAGUUUCUGAGACUACAGCCACAAAAGGCUGGAUCUCUACACCAGAGUCUACCCAUUCGUCACUGUCCAACUCCCUCACCUCAGAGUCAUCCCAAAACAUCAGCAGUCCUUCAGUUUCUGAGACUACAGCCACAAAAGUCUGGAUCUCCACACCAGAGUCUACCGAACCGUCUCUGUCCAACUCCCUCACCUCAGACUCAACCCAAAACCUCAGCAGUCCUUCAGUUUUGGAGAUUACGAGAAGCAGCCCGAUCUCCACACCAGAUCCUGAACCAUCAAGUCCCAUCACUGAGUCAUCUGCAGAACCAUCGAGGUCCAUCAGUUCCUCGUCUCCCACCAACUUCCCAGUAACCACGAGUACUCCACUUUGCGUCCCCUCCAAGGACCGACCCAGCAAGGAGGAGCAGUCCUGCUCCACCCGUGGCGUAGUCAAGCCCUGCCUCAUCGCCAUUGCCUUCCUGGCGGGGCUGGCCACCUUCUUCAUGGUGUCCACCAUCGUCCUCUGCACCAAGCUGUCCACCAAGAAGUACCAAGUGAGGAGAGCCAAAAAGGCGGACACGGAGAUGACCUUCAUGUCGACGCUCCUGCCGGAAAGGUACUACGCGGGCGUGCGGCAGCGCAGUCCGCCGGUGACUAACGGGGUCCGCGUGAUCCCCAGCUUGGGGGACAGCGAUGAGGACGCGAGCGAUAAUCUCACACUCAGCAGCUUCCUGCCAGAAAGUGAUCGCUUUGUGUAGACGCACAUCAAACACAGACCUCUUGGAUGGAGGCGGAGCUUCAUGGUGCAGAUCUACAGCCUGCUUCCAUGCACCAUCACUUCAUCACACCACCUGUACUCAUGCAUCGUGGAAGAGCUCCAGCACUCCUGUCAUAUAGAUGAUCUUUGACUCGCCCUUUUGGAAAUUGGUCCUUAAAAACAGCAAAGCCCUCCUGUUGUAUAAAUCGUCCUGUUAUAUAAAUCGUCUUUGAGUAAUGUUUUUUGUAUACUGUAAGUCUUUAAAAAUAAAACUCCUGUCAUUUGGAGGAUCUUUGACAAGUGUU